ACUAGUUGUAUACAUGAGGCUGCGAAGCUCUCAUUCAAUCUGAGAUGUUUCUGGAUUUGGAGUAAUUUCACAUCGAAACAGAUAGUCGUACAUAGCUUUUGGCGUAGUCACUUCAUUUUUUAAUGUAAGGCGUAUUUUUUGAAGGUGGUCAAUUUCCAAUUCCGUUUCAUUUAUCAAUUAUCCCGCGCGCGCUAACGUAACGAUAUUUUCUGUGCGCGCGCUAGCUUACAGGCUAGCAAUCACUAUUCUUCACAAGUCUGACAACUGCAACGUGUGGAUGUACCCCUGCUCAUCUGCAGUUAAAGUUUCACAAUGGCAGUUAGUUUAAUUAAUUUGGUAUCCCAGCACCAAAGAAAUAGGAACAGAUCUAGUUUAAUUAAAGGAUAGCAAUACGCCCCACACUACACCUGUCUACCUUGAUUGUUUUCUGGUCAGUACCAGUUAAACGCAAUACAAGUUUGCACUGCUAAAUCUCAGAAACCCUGUUUUAAUCGAGCAGGCCUAAAAAGAUAAUUUAUUUAUUUUACGAUUUACCUCUGUUUUUACUAGCUGCUGUUUAUUAGUAGCAUUAUUUAAGUAGCUCUAUUGACAGGCGUUGGUUCCCUUUUUUAGAUUGUGACAUAAUUUCUCUAUAGUAUACAAUCAUGGUUUCAACAACUGCGACUGCAAUAAUACUGACAGUAGGGGUAGUGACAGCAACCCAGACUGCUCUGACAGGGUACACAUGGCUGCUGGUUCUCGGCUUCAUCAUCGCCUUCAUCUUAGCCUUUUCUGUUGGUGCCAAUGAUGUUGCCAACUCAUUUGGCACAGCUGUGGGCUCUGGAGUUGUCACCUUGCGACAGGCAUGCAUUCUGGCCACAGUGUUUGAGACUGUAGGCUCUGUGCUUCUUGGGGCCAAAGUCAGUGAAACUAUCCGCAAUGGUAUCAUCGACGUGGACAUGUACAAUGGCACUGAGCACGUGUUGAUGGCUGGAUCCAUUAGUGCCAUGUUUGGUUCUGCUGUGUGGCAGCUGGCCGCCUCCUUCCUUAAGCUCCCCAUCUCUGGGACACACUGCAUUGUUGGUGCUACUAUCGGCUUCUCACUGGUUGCCAAAGGCCAGCAGGGAGUCAGGUGGCUUGAACUCCUCCGUAUCGUUGCUUCCUGGUUCCUGAGUCCCCUUUUGUCUGGAAUAAUGUCAGCCAUUGUUUUCUACUAUGUGCGAAUGUUCAUCCUACACAAGAAAGACCCUGUGCCUAACGGAUUGAGGGCCCUGCCUGUCUUCUACGGCGUGACUAUGGGAAUUAACCUGUUCUCCAUCAUGUUCACUGGAGCACCGAUGCUGGGAUUUGACAAGGUCCCUUGGUGGGGCACCCUGCUCAUCUCGUUGGGCUUCUCCGUGCUGACCGCCCUUCUGGUCUGGUUUAUUGUCUGCCCUUUCCUCAAAAAGAAGAUUGAACGAGAUAUCAAGGCUUCCAGCCCCUCUGAGAGCCCCUUGAUGGACAAGAGGGAGCUGAGAGAGGCUCACUGUCCAAUCCUGAAACAGACUGCCAAGGAGACGUCUACCGCCCCAGCUUUCGAUCAAAAUCCCUCUGCUCAGCCCCAGGCUGCCCCUGAAGAACGCAGGGUGGCGUUUGACAUUGGAGAUUCUGACGAUGUUGACGAUAAUAAGGAACGCAAGGUGGCGUUUGACAUCGGAGAUUCUGAUGACACCGACUGUAACAAUGCAAAUGGUGCCCCCGAACAGGCUCAAUUAAACGGUCACGUCAACAACCAGCAAAUCCAGCACAGCAAUGGCUCCACAAAUUCAGCCCAUCAGGUUCAGUUCAACAACCACGUUCAGUUCAACAGGCCAGCACAGAUCCCGAGUAACGGUUACAGCCAGUACCACACCGUUCACAAGGACUCCGGCCUCUACAAGGACCUCCUGCACAAGCUCCACCUGGCCAAGGUUGGUGAUGCUAUGGGCGAGGGGGGAGACCGACCUAUCCGGCGUAACAACAGCUACACCUCCUACACCAUGGCCAUCAUCGGCAUGCACGGAGACUACAAGCAUAAAGAAGGUGAAUACCAUGCCUACGAGGAUGGUGACAAGGUCACAGGGUCGGGAGGUCAGGAAAGAAAGCGCAUACGUAUGGACAGUUAUACUAGCUACUGCAAUGCUGUGGCAGAGCACACAACUCCUGAAGCUCUGGGAGAGAGUGACGUGACACUGGAAAUAGCAAAGGAGGACGCAGGUAGCAGCAAAAGCUCUCUGGAGGACGAUGGGCUCGAGGCGGACAAACCUGAAGUCUCAACUCUCUUCCAGUUCCUCCAAAUUCUCACCGCCUGCUUCGGAUCCUUUGCCCAUGGAGGAAACGACGUUAGUAAUGCCAUUGGACCAUUGGUAUCUCUGUGGCUGGUUUACACAAGCAGCAGUGUGUAUUCAAAGGAACCUACACCUAUUUGGCUGCUGCUGUACGGCGGCGUUGGCAUCUGCGCUGGACUCUGGGUGUGGGGACGCCGUGUGAUCCAGACUAUGGGCAAGGACCUUACACCCAUCACCCCCUCAAGUGGUUUCAGCAUCGAACUGGCCUCAGCCGUGACCGUCGUGGUAGCCUCUAACAUUGGCCUGCCUGUGUCCACCACCCACUGCAAGGUUGGCUCUGUGGUUGCAGUAGGAUGGCUGCGCUCAAGGAAGGCCGUAGACUGGCGUCUAUUCAGAAACAUCUUCAUGGCGUGGUUUGUGACUGUGCCCAUCUCUGGUCUGAUCAGUGCCGCCAUCAUGGGCAUCUUCAUCUAUGGCAUCUUCUGAGCAGUCGGCUGCACCCCAAGCAGGGGAGGAGAAAGAAACCGCUCCAGUGCGCACCAGGAGAAGAGGAGUAAAGUUGGAAGGCCAAAAUAUAUCAUACCUCAAGCCAACAACUUUGGAAGAAAAAGGAAAACAAACAACUGUUUGAAAGGACUUGAGAUUUGGGCCUGUGGUUCUCGGCUGCAUCAUUUUCAACCUAGAAUUUGCCGUUUGUUCCAUUCUGGCCAAAUUACUUCCCGCGAGAAGCUUGCAUUUCUUUGUUUUGACUUGCUUUUUCAUAUCUUCUCAUCCUGUAACGAGUUCAUCUAAAAAGAAUCAACUUUUUUUUUUUUUUACUCAUUCUUCCAUUUUCUUUUUUUUUUUUACUUUGCAAUUAUGUAUAUACAACUAAUGUAUGUUUUUAAUUUUGUUUUACAUGUUUAGAAAGAAAUUAACAAUUUAAAAUGCAGUAUAAGCUUUUUGUAGAUGCAACUCUCCAGUCAUAACACAUGCUGAAAGUAACUUGGAUGCAAAAGAAGUAUUUCUAGGUGGCGGAACGAGUUUAUUUGUGUGUGCGUUUUACCACAAUUCAUAGUAAUAAUCACUAUUAAUUCAUCUCGGAUCUGACUUCCCUGUAUCUCCUAAACUGUGGGACUUUUUUUUUUCUUCCCCAUCUGAUGUAGAACUAAAUUGACUGUAAACUCAGAAAGGUUGGUGACAGUGUUUCCUACCAUAUUUAGAACUAAUGGACAGUUUGUAGUGUUGUAUGACACACUUAUCUGAUUACUUUACACUGUGGAUGUCAACACCUACUGCAUAAAGUCAGCACACUUGCCAGGAAAUGAACCCUAAUCAAAGUCAUAAUGGAUUAUUUGCAUUCCGGUCGUUAAUAUCUCCCGAGGCUCUCCCGUCUCCAUCAGUGCAAAAAUAACUGCCUGAAAUUAUUGUUUACUUGAAUUUGAGAAAUGUAACAACUACCGUAAACACAUGCUCUCAAACAAGACUUAAAGUCUCCUGUUAAAACUUGAUUAAUCUUUGAAAUGCUUUAAUUGUCCUUCAGCAGGAUAUUUUUAUUUCUUUUAUCAGUUUACCCUAUCUCGGCUACUUCCCAGUAUGUUGUGUUUUUUUUUUUGUUUUUUCUGUGGAAUUUGCACCUGCCUAGAUAUUUGGGUAAUUCUAGCUUUCCUCUUUAUUUCUUGGCCUUUUGAAUGUGAAUAAGGUUUUUAAAAGAGGACAAAUGGAACCCUAAAACUGGAAGUUAUCUGAGUGGUUUGGUGUUGAGCCGAUCUGGUCUCUUGUUUGAAUGAGAGCGGACAUACGUUGCAUGCCACCAGUGUGUGUGGGGUCAUUUGGCUGCAGUACUAAUGCAUAUCAGAUCUAGACAUGCUGUAGUUGCCUUAAUUGUUUUUGAUUUUCCCUUUAGGUACCAAAGAAAAGUUUUUGUUUUUUUUAAAUGCACAUGAACAUACACUAAUCCACACUUGUGGAUGGGAAAAAAAACAAAUAAAAAUGGGAAAAUACUGCUGUUGAA